AUGACAUCAGAUAAAGAAAUAGAAUUAAAUGAAACACAGUUAAAAGUUAGUUCUGUUCUUAAUAAAGAUAAUAAAAAUUAUGGAAAGAAAAAUUUAAUUGAUGGUAGUGAAGAAACUUGUUGGAAUUCGGAAGCAGGUUCAUCACAAUGGAUACAAAUUACUCCUACAAAUUCUUUUUCUUUAAAUAGUAUUGCUAUUGAAUUUCAAGGAGGUUUUGCAGCAAAACGAUUUGUUAUUGAAUAUCGUCAAGAAAAUGGAACAUUUACAUCUAUUGCAGAAUUUUAUCCGGAUGAUCAUGGCAAAUUACAAGUCUUUCGUCUUCCAACACCGUUUACAAUUGAUCAAAGUCCAUUUCGUUUAACAUUCUAUGAUAGUUAUGAUACAUUUGGGAGAAUUAUUAUUUAUGUUUUGAAAAUUUAUGAAAAUAAAUAA